UGUGCUGUCCGGAUUCAUUUAUUGCUUUUUGAAUUUGUCAUGUCUUCGAAUCCAGUUCUUGUGCUGUGCGACUUUCAAAAUGACAUUAUGGGCUUUGUUCCUCCUGAAAAGAAAGAAGCUGUCGUCAAAGGAGCUUUGAAGCUUUUGAACUUUGCCCGAGAGAAGAAGAUUCCAGUGAUUCACGUGGGAGUUCGUUUUAGAAAGGGACACCCUGAAGUUUCGAAGCGAAACAAGUUUUUGUCCCUGAUUUCCUCGAGAGGUUCUAUUCUUGUGGAAGAUACCCCUGGAAGUGAACAAGUGGCGGAGUUGAAGCCAAUUGAAGGCGAAUUCUCGGUAACAAAGAGAAGAGUUGGAGCACAAUUCAAUACCGAUCUUACAACGAUUUUGAGUGCUUUGAAUGCUACGCACCUGAUUUUGGGAGGUGUGUCUACAAGUGGGGUUAUACUUUCGACCGUUCGUUGGGCUGCAGACGCGGAUUAUGAAAUCACUGUAGUUCGUGAAGCGGUUACUGAUGGAGAUGACGUAGCUCAUCAAGCCCUGCUUGACCAUAUCUUUCCAAGCCAGGCUAAUGUUGUUUCCGUGGACGACCUUAUAAAGAAUAUGUCGUAGUUCGUAUUUGUUUGACAUUUCGAAAUUUGUGGUUGACGUUUUGAAUAAAAUAUUGAUAAAAAAGAGAUAUCCCAAAAACUUCAUUCUGAAAAUAAAUGCCCGAAUGAUGCG